UCAUAUUAUUCGCACCCAAAUUCUUUCCACGUCUUCUCAUGACCUCCAUUUUGAUCAGACCAUACAGCAUGUUAAUAUUAAGGCAGCCUUAACAACUGAUCAUAGCUUCUUGACAAAGUCUCUAUCUCGCUCGCAUUAAACUACAAUCUUCUUACAGGCAGGCUUCACCUAUGCAACAAAACCAUGUUGAAGAAGGGAAUUUCUAAAACUACAAUUGUGUUCCUCGUGUUGAUGGUAUUAUUCUUCACUUCCCAGAUAAACCUCUCAUUGCUCUCAAGAUCAAAUGUAUCCGAGGCUUCUUCAAUACCCAAGAGUAGACCAGGACUAAUUGUAAAUGAGAAACGGGAAGAAAAGCCAGCAAGUUCAUCCACCCAUUCAGGUAAUGUGAAUAGGACACGAGAAGACAGGCCAACACGGUCACCUCCCCAUUCACUCUCAGAGGUCAAGAGACCAAUCACAUGCGAUUGCUCUCACAAUGACUAUGAUUUGUGGUUUAUCAACGGUCCUACGCUUUUGGAUCCAUCCACUUCAACAUUCUUCACAACGGGCCCCACUAUCUCGACAUCACCAGACUUCGCAGUAAAAUUUCGUCCUUACCCUCGGAAGACGGAUGAAAGGGCCAGGUCUAAAGUCAACGAACUAACACUCACCUCAGCUCCACCAAGAUCCUCCUGUGGAAUCACACAUUCUAGUCCAGCCAUAGUAUUCAGCACGGGCGGGUACACAGGAAACUUCUACCAUCAGUUCAAUGAUGGGCUCCUUGCUCUCUACAUCACCAUCAACUCUCUCUCUCUAAAUCGAGAUGUCAUCCUAACGGUCACCAAUUGGAGUGACUGGUGGGCCCAGAAAUAUGCUGAUCUCCUGCAUCGAUUCACCAAGCACCCCAUCAUCAACAUGGACAAUCAGACCAGGACACAUUGCUUCCCAUCAGCAAUCGUAGGGCUAAUGACGCACGGUCCCUUGGCUGUGGAUCCCACGCUAACCCAGCAUAAAACACUCCUUGAUUUCCAUGCACUCCUAGAAAGUACAUACAGUCCACGAGGUAAACAUGUUUCAACGCUUAAAUCGAAGGGUGCUAGGCCACAACUUGUUUUGGUGAAUAGAAAAAAUGGUGUUGGUCGUGAGAUCCUGAAUUUAAAAGAAGCUCUCAAGGCAAUCGAAGAGGUCGGAUUUAAAGCAAUUGUGUUCGAGCCGAAACGAAAUGGUACAGUGGGUGACACAUACAGGCUACUCCAUGGAAGCCAUGCAAUGCUAGCAGUACACGGUGCUGCAAUGACACAUUUGUUGUUUCUCAGAGUAGGAAUGGUGCUAGGUGAAAUAGUGCCAAUCGGAACAGAUUGGCUUGCUAAGACAUUUUAUGAGAAGCCGGCUAGAGUUUUGGGAUUAGAGUACAUGAAAUAUAAGAUUGAAGUCAAUGAAAGUAGCCUGGCAGAAAAGUACGGGGCUAACGAUUUGGUGCUAAAGAACCCUCAAGCUUUUGUUAACGGAGAUUGGCCAAAAGCAAAGGUGUAUAUGAAGACCCAAAAUGUGAAGCUUGACAUGGUUAGGUUUCGGAAAUACUUAAAGGAGGUUUUUGUGAAAGCCAAAAGAUUCAUGGACAAGGAAGGCUAGCUAUCUAGCAGCAUCAACUAUCGCAGGCAUGUUGAUACAGAUAAGUUUCUUCGUCAAAUGAAUGUUGAUGUUGUCAUUAACAUUGUAUAUACAAUUAUCUAUUCCACAAUUCUUUAAAA